CUGUGUUUUUGCACAAAAUAAUUCUUCCUGCACCUUCCAUUAUUCUUCUAUUUUUUUCACCAUGGGUAUUGCCAAGAGGACGAGGAAGUUUGCGCAGGUUAAGCGCACCAUCACCCAGCGAGAUCAACGAGUGAAAGACACGGCAAAGACGGCCAAAAAAGAGAAGCCUGAGAAGGAUGAGCUAAUCCGCCAUGUUGCCACUGCCCCGUCGAAUAUGUUUUUUGCUGCGAACACAGCUCUCGGACCGCCGUACCAUGUGCUCGUGGAUACCAACUUCGUUUCCCAUACUAUUCGGGCAAAACUGGACUUAUUACCGGCGAUGAUGGAUCUGCUGUACGCGAAGUGUAUCCCUAUAUUCACGGACUGCACGAUUGCCGAAUUGGAGAAAUUGGGCACAAAGUACCGGCUUGCGCUUCGACUAGCCAAGGACCCCAGGUGGGAGCGGGUGAAAUGUUCUCAUACCGGAACAUAUGCAGAUGACUGCAUUGUUGACAGGGUAUCCAAGCAGAGAAUUUACAUCGUUGCCACAAACGACAAAGAGCUGAGUCAGCGAAUCCGCAAGAUUCCAGGUGUGCCUAUUAUGAAGGUUGCUAGAGGGAAAUACACUAUCGAAAGGCUGCCGGACUCUUUUGAUUAAGUGAAACGUGAUUUCAUGGUUUUCGGAUACCAAAACGAAACGACAUCAAAGCGAGACCAAUAGUGCACUCAGCGAGGAUGAAAGACGGCACAGCAUACGACCGCUACACGACGAUCUCUUGCCCUCGGCUCCAAGUGUCUCCCAUAAGCGAGUCACACACGUCCAUCAGAGCCAGGUCGCAUAAUGAAAUAGUGACACAACCCAAGCUCAUCCUUUCCCAACGGAUACGUCGGUUCAAGGCUGGCUCACGGAGCUUUCAAAAAUUGGUGUCUGGAGUCGUUUCUAUUGAUAGAUUUGUGCCAGAAAUGAGGAGAGAUGGUGCAUGAUGACCGCGCCGGAUUCCUAACAGCCACUAAAUAGGUGUCAGUAUUUGGUUGCUAUAGCGUAUUAUCCACAAUCUUGAUGAAUGUAGUCCAUGAAACCGCUCCCCC